AUGAAGCAGCAGCUCAUGGAGUGCAGCAGCGCCGUUCACACCAGUAAGCUUCUCCCUGCCCUUAGCUCCGUCCAGCCACCCCUGCGCCUCCCCUGGGGGCGAUGCUGCAGCGACGGCAGCAACGCGUUCUCCUCAGCCGAGCACCUGACGGCCUUUGCUGGACACCUCCCGCAGACGCGUCUGGGUCAAGAAAGUUACCCUGAUCCUCCCACUGAAGGAAACUUUGUCACAAAUUCCACAGCAGACUUGGAAAGAGAUAUGGAGAAAGUAAAAGUCUCUCUUCAGAACAAGACAUUAGCGUUGCAAAGGAUCCAACUUAUAUUUGCCCUGAGAAACAAAGUGAAGCAAAAUGAUGAUGACUCACGACAGAUCAUGGAAACUCUGAAACACAUAGUAGAGCUCAGCCAGGCAGUAUUUGAAUUCCAGCAGCAAGCACGUGAGAAGGAACAGAAACUGGCUGACAUUAAAAGGAAAAGACUCUCACUAAAAAAAGCCGGAGGACAGAAACUACUGCAAAUUCAUACCAUGAUGAAAAAACAGAAGGAGGAACAAGCAAGUAUGGCAUUGAGCAGUACACUGGACCGUAUAUAUAAAAACUUCCAAAAAGAAAGAGAGAUGACUACAGUAAUUCAAAAUGUGUUCCAGAAUAUCAUAAUUGGAAGCAGAGUUAACUGGGCAGAAGAUCCAUCUUUAAAGGCAGUUGUUCUAGAGCUUGAAAAAAAUGUCCAGUUUCUGUGA